GAUCACACCAGCCCCGGUUUAUUUUUGUAGAUUCUGACGUCAAUCAGAUUCACGUUUCAUUCACGAAGUGAAAAAGGGGGGAAGUUAUUUAUAACCUCCUCAACGUCUUAGUGUGAUUCUUGGGUGCGCAAAUGGGAAUGUAGCGAUUGGACUGGUGUCUUGCGCUUCAGUAACAAAAGCAGUGGAGCUGGAGCGUCGUUGUGCCCGCACGGUAGGACCGAACCUAAAAUAGGACAGUUCGGUUGGGUCUGAACUAAAUAACUACACGAGCUGUGCUGAGAAACUGUGCCUCUCCGUCGCUUCUAUAGUAUAUUGGAGAGCAAACCGUGGACUUAUUCUAUAGUGAUGAACCUGUGCGUCAACCAGGACUGAGGCUGAUUUGGGUCCAGUCUGGGUGAUGGCUGACGUGCUGGAGCUGAGGACGGAUGGGAACUCUCUGCUAAAAGCAGUGUGGCUUCGUCGUUUGCGCCUAACAAGACUCCUCUUGGAAGGUGGAGCCUACAUCAACGAAAGCAAUGAUCGUGGAGAGACACCCCUCAUGGUGGCCUGCAUGUCUAAACACUCUGAUCAGCAGAGUGUUAGUAAGGCAAAACUCGUCAAGUACCUUCUGGACAACAAAGCUGACCCUAACAUCCAAGACAAAGCUGGGAGGUCAGCACUCAUGCAUGCAUGUAGCCACAGGGCAGGACAUGAGGUGGUCUCACUUCUACUGACCAACGGGGCUGAUCCGAGCCUGGAGGACCGUCAUGGAUCCUCUGCCUUAGUCUAUGCUGUCAACGCAGAUGACAAAGAAACAUUAAAAGUUCUCCUUGAUGCCUGUAAAGCUAAAGGCAAGGAAGUCAUCAUCAUUACCACUGACAAAUCGCCGUCUGGAACCAAAACCACCAAGCAGUACCUGAAUGUUCCUCCAUCCCCCGAGUUGGAUGAGAGGGCCACUCCUGCCCCAUGUGCCUCACCGUCAGAAAUAGAUCUUCAUGCAUCACCAUCUCCCAGCAAAGAGGAGGAGAAAGACACUGUAUUCAAUUUCCAAACAAAGUUUAAGUCAACCUCAAGCACAGCAGCCAAACUUCCAAAUGGACUUACUUCUCCUAGUAAAAAGCCAGCGAACCCCAAAAGGGCUCGCUUACCCCAGCUGAAGCGAUUACAGUCAGAGCCUUGGGGUCUGAUUGCCCCCUCCGUAUUAGCAGCGGCAAAUGAAGAGAGCAAGAGAGCAAACUCUGAUGAAGAUGUUGUUGCAGGUGUGAAUGGACUUAGUCUGUCCAGAAGAGGCACACUGUCCAGGCACAACAGCGUGGAUGGAAAAGAUAUAUUGUUUCCAAUGAUGGGGGAUCAGAAUACAAAAAUAUCUCCAACUUCAUCACUUCCACCAUCUUCCAAAGCCUCCUACGAGAGAUCACUGGCACAGCACCAGCCCCUGGCAAGACGCAGUACUGUCCCUACAGAGCAGGAAGCCUCGGGAGUUAACUUUGGGCCAGCUAGCCUCAGAGACACAGUGCACCGGAGAAGACUGGGAACAGAACACUACGACUCAGACUCCCAGCUGUACUCAGAUUCCAGCAUGCUAGACUCUCCUAAGGCUCCCUUGGAGAGGAGGAAGCUCAAUACAUCCCCUCUUGCUAUGCUUACAGGCUCACGAGAGUCCUUGGACAGCAAUCCCAGUACCUCCUCCCCAAGCACAGCCAGGUGCAGAGCACCUGGUCUACUAGAGCGGCGCGGCUCUGGAACACUGUUGUUGGACUAUAUAUCCCACACUCGUCCAGGUCACCUGCCUCCACUAAAUGUCAACCCAAACCCCCCGAUUCCAGAUAUAGGGGCAAGCAGUAAGCCCUCAUCCCCACUGGCAGCAGGUAUCAGACUAAUAGCUCCCGUAGCACCCAACUCACCAAAGAGAGGCAACCUCAGGACGAAGAAGAAGCUUGUGAGAAGGCACUCUAUGCAAGUGGAACAGAUGAAACAGCUUUCAAACUUUGAAGAGCUCAAUCAUCAGUCGUGAAACUCAGUCUAUGUGGAUGUAGCAACUUUAACAUCAUAAGUCUGAGAUUUUGGGCAGGUGCAACACAGGUGGUAAUAGAAUUUUAAGGUAGUUAGCACUGAAUGUAGCCAUUUAGGGCAAAUGAAUAGGCUAAUAUUCUUGCAAGUAUUAAUCAGCAAAGUACUUAAAAAAGCAGCUGAAAACCAGAAAAGUAAUAAAACAAAAGAUGCAGAAAAAAAGGCAAAGGAAUUUAAAGAUGCGACCCAGCUCUUAUAGGUUAGUUUAGAUUUAACAUAUGAUGUAACGUUAUAGUGUAAACGUAUAGUCAUUUCCAAGCACUCACAAAAACGAUUUUCAAAAUAGAUGUUGGUGGAAAUGAGAUUUACAACACAGUCACAAAAAUACAAAGGAGUGUGCAAUUUUCCAUUUCGCAACAAAGGUAGUGUGUCCUCUUAAAGAGUAGGUGAGAGAGUGUGCUAUUAUUCUCUUACGUAUGAAGACUGAAUUUGACAGCUUGACUACAGCUACUUCAAUGCGUGGAUAUUUCGCUGCAAACAAACAUAGAGCCGAAAAUAUCUGUAUAUCUUCAAAGUCUAGACAUCCCUCUAUGAGAUUCAUUAAAGCAGACAGCAGAAUGAAUGCAAAACCAGACUGUCAAAGUGGUGCAGAGAGGUCACCAGAUCAUACCCAUUAAAAGAGAGGAUUCCAUUGGCUCCUUAUUAAAAAGCUGGAAGUCCUGCAAGAAAAGCAAAUAGGGUUGAGAAUUGUAGAAAGGGAGAGGAGAUGCAAGAGACUUUGUCUCUGAUCAGGAUACAUAUAAAAUGGUAGCUUUUCAGUGUUGAUCUUAAUAACGGCUGCGUGCAGAUGUAUCAUUACAUGCACAUCUGAUCUAGAUUCUGUAAGAAAUACUGACCAUCUGUGAGCUAAUUAUAGGGAAAUCUGUCUCUCGUAAUUGAUUACAACCUACAUCGGUUGCAAUAAUACAUGCAACAAUGCAAAUGUAAUUAUGACUUACUCCUUAACGCAAAGAUGAUUCAUACAGUCGUACAGCCCUUAUUUAACCUUGCUAGGUUGGCAGUCUUUACAUAUAUAACAUGUCAGUAUGUUCCAUGAUGAGUUAAAGAGAUUGAAUGUGUGUAGCUAAUUAGUGUAUAGUGCCUUUGAGGGAGAGUAAAAGGGGUUCUGCAUCACAUAUUACUUUUAAUUAAAUAUUACAGAGCAGCAUUUUAAAACACAAAACACAAUAUUGAAACCAGUUUGCUGCAAGUGUGUUCAUAACAAUAACAACAUUUGAAACAAAUCAUCAAGUAAUACUUUGAUCAGAGUGUAUCAUAAUAUAUCUAGGUGAAGUCUGUAGCGGAACAUGCCUUGUAAUAAACCAAUGACUAUUGUACAGACAAAUGUGAACGUAUAGGUUUAUCCAUUUGUCAGCCAAUGUUAUGUGGUAGAACUAAUGUGCCCAUGUUACUUUUGUGCAAAUGAAAGUGCUUCAGAUUCAUUGCUGCUAUAAUGUUUCAUAGCCACUUGACUGCAUAAUGCUGUCAAAUAAUAAUAUUAGAGUAGUUCUAGAGUUAGCUGGCUAACUCCACACUAAUUUUUCCCUGGAUCGAGACAUUAAACAUAAGCAAUCAACAGAUGCAUUUAGACCAUUGGUCUGAGAUUAUGAAACAUGCAUAUGACAGAAAUACGUUUAUACAAUCAAGAGUCAAUCAUAAUAUUAAUAAAUUAUUUAAUACACAACUUGAACUGAAGCAAUUUACUAGUAAAAACUCAAAAUAAGAAUACAAUUUGAAUUAUUAAAGAGUCCCAAUUAAGACAUGGUAAAAGGUUUUAUCACAACUGUCUUAUAUUAAUACUGUGAGGCAUACUAUUGGUUGCGCUCAUGUUUACAUUGUUUGAUGCAUAGUAUUUUUGUAUGUAGUAUCUUGUAUAUUUUAAAUAAAUGUCUGUAUCAAUCUGUAGAAUCUUUCUAGUCUCUCUAAUUGCAAAAUCUGACAUUUCAAAAGCACCUGUUCUGUUAUGUUACAUUUAGAGUGCAUAGUCCUAGUUUCACAUACAGGGCUUAGACUUAGCCAGGAUUAGGCGACAGCUCAAUUAGAAGUAAUUUUUAUAAAUGUGCCUUAGAAAAAAUAAAAACUACAACAACAAAAGCAUUAUAUGCGUCUAUUUUGAGACAAAACCAAAAGGUAUUGACAUGUUUUAAGAUCAGUCAGCACUGAAACUGCUCAGACUUUCAUUUACGUCUGGGGCUAGGCUUAAGCCUUAUCUGUCAAAUGGGUCAAACUGCUUGUAAACUUCAAAGUAGUAGCAAAGCAAAUAUCUCUUGAGGUGAAACCCUGACCUGUAGAAGACCAGUUACUUUUUCCAGAUCUAAUCCACUGUACAGAGUGUAAAGUCAUCAGACUCUUGAUAAAGUACAUUAAAGGAUUAUAGUGGAUCCACUUCUGAAGUAAUUUGGGCUGUAGAAGUACUUGUUCAAUGUAAAAGACCAUGAUGAAAAUGGCAUGUGUGAGUGAGAAUAGGUAUUGGGGAAAAAGGAAAUCCGUUGUCUAAACCGUCAACUUGAAGCAACAUAGACAUGUUCACUAAUAAAACUGUCACUCACUUGCUUACUCAUUUGUUUUACUUGUUUCUUUCUAUCUAUUUAUUUAUCACUUGUUUGUUUGUUUUUGUUAUUUUAUUGCCACAUUCACUGUAAAUGAUAUACCAAUGUUUAGGUUUCCUAUUAUCAUAUCAUUACCAUAUUUUAUCAUUAUCAUAUUUUUUACAUUUUGUUUAC